AUGUCGCGUCGUCAUCUGGAAUCUGCUCUCUUGGCAAGCGCUCUGGUUGAGAACGGUUUAUCAUCGGUUUUUCGACUGACAAGGAUCCGAUUUCAACGCACUCUCUAUCCUCCCGAAUAUCAACCAACUGCAGAAUUGGGCCUAAACAAUGAUCCCGACAGACCCGCUUGCUCUCACUGCGGCAUACAGUGUUCCUGUCGUAGCGCCUGUAAAAAGGAGCCACAAGUCAUGAAAAAGUGUCAUGAAACUUCUGUUGUUGAGGAGGAUGAUUUUGGUGUACACACACUUCGAUUUAGUGCUGAUGGACGCCAACUGAUUGCUGGGUCCGCCAAUACAAGUGUUCGUGUUAUCAGUGUGGUGGAUGGUCAGCAGCAGUUGGUGCUGCGUCCUUCCUCAUGGAAAUUGGAUAUGCCAAUCACUUGUCUACGUUACCUACCAAACACCCUUCAAUGGGUGCUAGGCUGCACUCCCCAGGGGGACAUAUUUUGUCUCGAUUCAAAUCACGAGGGUUUUGAAACCCUCAUCACGGAGGAGAAUCAGCAGACCUACUGCUUUGACAUCGCAUCUGAUGGAAUGCAGUUGGCCACAGCUGGUACGGACACCUCAAUUCGUCUCUACAGCCUCCAUAUUGGUCAACAAGGCAGAUUUGAAAUGCACUACUCCACAGAUUCCGACCCACUCAAUGAACGCCGACCGAAAUUCGGAAAAAGUAAGACUUUGCGCUGUCCUUUGCACCCAUACAAACACUCAUCAGGAAGAGGACAAAGGAGAGCCAGACGCACACUGUCAACGCAUCGAUACGAAAGUAGCCUAAAGUGUGAGUUCAGUCUUUGUCACUCCACUGAAGAACGCGAUUUAUUCACACAAAUAGAGCCUUGCAAACGCAUUGUGGGAAGCAAAGGUGACGUCUCCAUCAAACCAUUAAUCAUGCCGAUGAGCUUCGGUGGGGACACCAAAUCAGACAAGGUAGACGGCACCAAAUGUGGGACACAAAUACUUGGCUAUCGCCCUACUGGUCCGGCUGACAAUUACACGGAGGGUCACUCAAUGCGGAUAACCGCGCUAAGGUACCAUCCCACUCAACCCAGACUUCUCAUCUCAGCCAGUUGGGAUCACCACGUAAAAGUGGGUGCUGAAAUUUGUUUUAUUUUGCAACAACGAAGCAGUUUUCAAGCCCUUGCAAUUUGGGAUUUGCGUUAUGUGGAUACGACUGAGGCAUCUGUGAGAGGCAGUGAUUUGUUCAGCGGUGAAGUGGAGAACACACUGCGAAAACAAGCCUACAUGCAGCCCUCGGAGCGCAUUGACGUGAUGGAGGUGGUGAAGGGACAAUGUACUGACGCUGGAGGUGGCGAAUACCUCUAUGCAGCGCGUCUUCUUCCCAGUCGCGCCGUCGUCUGUGGAGGCUCAGGAUUUAAUGAUGUUCGUGUCUUCAAUCGCGACACGAAGAUGGCGGUCAUCCGUAUUCCAACAGACUCCGUGGUUCAGACCAUCGAUAGUGUGCUGGAGGGUCGUUUCGUCGCCGCCGGUUGCACCAGCGGUUCCAUAACCAUCGCCGGAUUGGCCUAA